AUGCCUCUGAUUCUAUUUACUGGGUUCCCAUCAAGUGGGAAGACAAGUUAUGCGAGGGAGCUUCAGAAGUUAUUGCAAGAAAAGGUAAACUCAGAUCCCGCGCUUUCAAGUUAUUCUGUAAUAUAUCAUUCGGACGCUACAUUAGGAAUAAAACACUCAGAUUAUACUUCCUCACACUCCGAAAAAUGUGCUCGAUCUAAAAUCAUUUCUGUGGUUAAACGUGAUCUUUCUCGUACCAAUAUUUUAAUCAUUGACUCCCUUAACUAUAUCAAGGGAUUUCGUUAUCAGUUGCACUGCGAGGUAAAGAAUAUUAGUACGACGUAUUGUGUGGUACACUGUCUUGCUGCUCGUGAUAAAAUUGCAGAAUGGAACGCUCAACGUGAGGAUAACUGGGAUGUGAAUUUGCUUCAGGAAUUAAUCCAGCGGUAUGAAGAACCCAACCCAGCAACAAGAUGGGAUUCGCCGCUAUUUUCUGUUAUUUCAGGCGAAGAUAAAUUACAAGAUGUAGUAAAUGCAGAUGGUAUGCUGAAAGCUCUUUUCCCGCAGCUCUACCGAGAGCGGGUAGAUAGAGAUGCUGAAAAGAUUCUCCAGGGACUUAAGCCGAGUAAUGCUACCAUAUUAAAGCCCGCAGCACAGGCAAACCUUGUUCAGGUUCUAGACUCUGAAACGCAAACGGUGGUUCGGCAGAUUAUGGAACAUUUACGGUCUAAUGUUGUUAGCGGACAUGUUAGAGUCAUCGUAUCAGCUUGCAAGGAUAUUAAUCACCCGGAUUGUCACUACGUUGAGCUUCCCAAUGAUAAAAUUAGCAUGGCACAAUUACAAAGAAUUAGAAGACAAUUUGUACAAAUGAACAGGCUUAGAAAUAUGGAAAAGGAUCGAAUUGUCCCAUUAUUUACGGCAUACCUGAAUGCCAACCUAGAAAAUGGCCUCUGA